AUGUCCGACAUUAAGAACGAGAGCCCUGCGCCGCGGGAGAAGCUUGAAGCUCAGAUCAAGUCUGCGGACAUGACCGAGGAUAUGCAGCAGGAGACCGUCGAAGUCGCACAGGAGGCCAUGUCCAAGUUCACAAUCGAGAAGGACAUUGCCCAGCAUAUCAAGCGCACGUUUGACGAGCGCAAAGGUCCAACCUGGCAUUGCAUUGUGGGCCGCAAUUUUGGCAGCUUCGUGACACAUGAGACCAAGCACUUCAUCUACUUCUACCUCGGCCACUGCGCGAUCCUCCUAUUCAAGACUCAAUGA